UCCAUGUCACUUUUAAAAGCAACUCUUCCGCGGACGAACUUAAGUGUUCAUAGACUUUCCCGUUCAGUUUGCGGACAGUUUUUCUACUCGAUUAAAGAAUGGGCAACCGUGGAUCCUUCAGAUUUAGAUGGGAACAAGUGUGUUGAAAAUCUCGUUAACGGUACUUGGAAGCGAUCUUCAGAUUAUAAGACUUUACAAGAUCCCAUGAACGGUAAGCCAAUGCUUCGACUUCCCGAUACUAAAGGAGAAGAACUGAAGGAGUUUGGCCGCUCAUUGCUUAGCUGUCCUUCUUACGGACUUCAUAAUCCCUUUUACAACGUCCACCGCUACGCCGAGUUGGGCCAAGUAAAUUUCCAGUUGGCUGUCGCUCUUUCGGAUCCGGAUGUAAUAAACUUUUUUGCAAAAUUAAUUCAGCGAGUGACCCCGAAGAGCAAAGAACAAUGUAUUGGAGAAAUCACUACUUGCCGUAAAUGGCUUCAAAGUUUUAGCGGCGAUCAAGUUCGAAAUUUAGCCAAAUCUUUCGGUCUUCCAGGGGAUCACAACGGGCAGUCGUCGCAAGGCUACAGUUUUCCCUUCGGACCUACGUGCGUUAUUACUCCUUUUAAUUUUCCUAUGGAGAUUCCUUUAAUUCAAUCGAUUUCUUCACUACUUAUGGGCAAUAAAGUUUUACUUAAAGUAGAUGAGAAGGUCUCUGUUGUUAUGGAACAGUUGUUGCGGCUCGCUCACUUAUGUGGAUUGCCCAAAUCGAAUAUUGAUUUUAUUAAUUGCGCCGGCCCCGUUCUUAAUAAUCUGUUGUCUGAAUUUCAGCCGCGCAUGACUCUUUUUACCGGUUCGCAGUCUAUUGCUGAAAAACUCAGCCAAGAUUUACUAGGAAAAGUAAGAAUUGAAGAUGCUGGUUUCGAUUGGAAAGUUCUUGGCCCUGACGUUCCUACUAAGAAGGAGGAAUUCGAGUUUAUCGUUUGGCAAUCUGAUCAAGAUGCUUAUGGAUUUUCUGGCCAAAAGUGCUCUGCACAGUCGAUGCUGUUUAUUCAUGAAAACUGGUUGAAAACGGGACUGGUGAAUCGCCUCGGAAAACAAGCCGCCCGGCGCACUCUCAAAGACUUCUCUCUUUGUCCGGUGCUCACGUGGAACAACGAUCGCAUUCAGCGCCACUUGGACGCUUGUUUAGCCGUUGAGGGUUGCACCCUUGCUUUCGGCGGGAAGCCGCUUACUGGUCAUUCCAUUCCUGAAUGCUAUGGCGCGUUUCAGCCUACGGCAGUUCAGGUUCCCAUUCGUGUGCUGGAGGACCCAAAGAACUUUGAUAUUCUCACUACGGAGCUGUUCGGGCCCUUUCAAGUGCUGGUGACUUAUGAAGACGCCACCGAAGGAGUCAUGCUUGACGUAUUGGAGAGUAUGAAGGCACGACUGACGGCUGCUGUUGUAUCCAAUGAUAUUCUUUUUAUUAACAAAAUUCUGGCACGCACUACCAAUGGCACGAUUUAUGUCGGCAGACGCGCUAGAACGACGGGCGCUCCUCAGCAGCACUGGUUUGGGCCAUGUGGUGACCCGCGUGCUGCUGGAAUCCACACGGCGGAGGCCAUCAAGCUUUGCUGGAGCGGUCAUCGCGAGGUUAUCACUGACGUUGGUCCAGUCGACGCGGACUUUGUAGUAAAGACGCCAAAUUAACGUGUGAG